AUGUCCUGCCACAGUAAAGUCUUGAAGCGCACCGAUGCGUGGGCCCCGAGUCGCGGUGCCACGACGGUGACAGGCGACUGUCGCUACACGCUGGACGACCGAUGCAAGAUAAUCAAGGGGCCUGCUGGCUGCCGCUCCAGCCAGACCUGUCUCUGGUACGGCGGCUCCGUGCCUCUCGACUCGGCGGCCGCUGCGAAGCGCGUCAAGGUCGCAGGCGAGGUCGCCGCGCCGCUUCUCCCGCCGGAAUGCAUGGACCGCGCUCGCGCGAGCGGCAAGGACGAGCCAUCCGCGAUGGCGUACUGCUAUUUCCAGCCCGCGUCGUGCGCUGACGUGUACUCUCCCGUGGAUCGCGGCGCCAGGGGCGACGGCAAAACCGACGACUCCGCCGCGUUCCUCGCCACGUUCAACGCCGCGUGCGGCGCGGCGAAGAAGGCGAACAAGCGCACCGUACUCCGAAUCCCCCGCGGAAAAUCUUUUCUCCUUAACUACGUCACCAUGCAAGGCCCGUGCGGCCCGGGAGUGACGAUCAAACUGGACGGAAAGAUAGUCGCACCAGAGAACCCACCGUCGUCGAAAUCCUGGCCUGGCGAUUUCAGCGGCGCGGUGCUGCAAGCGAAGCAGGCGCACGGGCUAUGGAUCGUGGGCGACGGGGAGAUGGACGGGCGAGGCGACCGGCGCUGGUGGCCCAUGUUUCACGGGAAUGAGCUCCCGAGAGAGCUGAAGCGACCCGUUCUGCUGGACAUAUUCGCCAGCUACAGCGUGACGCUCGCGGGAUUCAGAAACAGGUACGCCGAGUGUUGA